CCCACUUGGCGACCUCCAUCCGACCCCACCGUAGAGGUAAAGAAAUUGCAGGCUCCCCCGUAUUCGAUCUCCAUGGGGACUGGCUUGUCCCAGUCCGACGGCAACGGCGUGGAGGUCAACGCCAUGCGCGACCUGGAGAUCGGUCAAUCCACCAUAAUCAACAUGAUGCGGUCCGUGAUACCGUGUGCUUCGCCGCCGGCGGUAGCGCAUCUGGAGCGAGCGCUGUGGGGGCUGGGCUCCCUCACCCUUGUCCUGGCCCUCACCACCGUGCUUCACCUGCCGGCCGCCGGACCUGUCUUCGCCCGCUACAAGGCAGCAUACUAUGCUAUCCUUGCCUUUGUCCUCUUCGUAGCCGUGCCGGUGGAGCUGGCCACCGCCUUCUGCCUGCCGCGCUGCACCGACGGCCGCCGCCUCAUCGCCUUCGCCAGGGGCCUCCUGCCCUGCGCUUACGUGCUGCUACUCGUCGUCAUCUCCGUGGGAAUGCUGUUCUUGGAAGUUAGUCUUGUAGCAUUUCUACUUCAAGGAAAUGAAGCCAGUGGUUAUGGUGUCUUUGUCGCGCAACCUUAAUUUGUUACCUCUGGAGCUGUAGCCAGUGCUGAUGUAUUGCUCAAGGUGUCUCCCGGAAUACGAAGAGCAAGACGUGCUCUGCAUUCUUUUUUCAUGAAAGUUGUGCUUUGCACUCUUGCUUACUGGGGCCACAAUUUUCAUGUGGUCUGCAUCGACGUCUUGCUGAAGUAGCACCCAACUUCUCUGAUCGGCUUCCAGUUCGGCUUCUCCCACAGCACAGUACAGAUCCUCUGGUAGCUGGAUGAGACCCUCGACGUGCUCGCCAACGAGGGCCCCACCAGGGGCUCAAGAGGUACUCCAGCCAGCCCACCUAACUGCAGCUCUACAUUGACGGCGAGUUCUUCAGCGGGUGCAAUGUACAACAUCACUAUCGGUGCCAACAUCAAACCGGCCAAGCUUUCUGGAGAGAAUCUCAUCCGUUCUGCUCCUGCUCAAAGCUUUGAAUAGCGUUUCACAGCGGAUACUGCCAAGUGCAUCGUUUAAAUCAUUUGAAAGUAGAGAGCUUUCAUUGUUUUUAUUUAAGGUUCAGUGCCGGCCUCUGGGAUAGAGCUGACUUACAUGAUGCUCAGACUAUCUGAAGGCCUGAAAACAAUUUUUUUCUUCUGUAGACCGAGAAAUAAUGUUGCAUCAUGAUGCACUAAUAUUUCAGGGCAGGUGCAAAAUUCUAAACAUAUAGCAUAGCUUGAAUUGUUGGCGAACCUUCCUCAUUUCCUUCUGAGCCACAUGAGUAGCAGAAGAAUCAGCUAUUGGAUUGCUGAUAAGUAUCCAAUUUUCUGCUCCAGGCUGGACAACUGGUGUUAUCUAGUCCAUUAUGUCCCACAACAUGUAAAAUACACAAAUAAAUGGAUGAGAUUCAUGCUUCAAAAAGGUCUGCUUGCUGACCUGUCUGCCUAGUAUAAAUUUAGAACGUAUAGACUUUGUUGAUGAAAUUGCACGAUGUUUGUAUACCAAAUUAUAGAUAGAUAUCAAGAAAGAUUAGUCUUGCUUUUUGUCUGCUCAAGAUUAAUGCUGAUUCUCCUUCUGUACUCAACAUUUGAUGCCAGUGCUUGCCUGAACUGUAACGCUUGCUGUGCUGUGCGAUUUUGCAGAAGCGUAUAGUAACACAUGCUGGAGAAAGCAAUGUGCUGUCAUCGAAUGAUGGCCACACCAUACAGUAACACAUGCUCUAGUCCUUCCCGAUGUACCGUUCAGCCCAUGACAGAAAACCAGAGAUAUGUUGCAUAAUUAACAUGCAUGACCAUCACCAACAAGUGAAUAGAUAUGUUGCAUAAUUAACAUGCAUGACCAUCACCAACAAGUGAAUAGAUAUGUGCAUAAUUAACAUGCAUGACCAUCACCAACAAGUCACAAUUACGAUAUAUGUUGCCUACGCAAAUCAUACAUCGAAUUGAUUAUAUGUUCAGGCCACCAGGGAGAAGAUACUAGGUAAUUCACUCCAUCUUAUGUUUGUUUUUUGUAUUAUGAUCAAUUUUGAGUACCUAAACAAGUUCCAUUUAAAGGUAAAUCCAGGAUAUUGUACUAUCAAGCGUUGUAUGUUUGAAGAUUAAGAAGCAAAAUUUAAAGUAGUUGACAACACGUAUAACAACUCUCAAAUGGCUACAUGGUGCAAUAAAUUCAUUUUUUAUUGGACAAAGCCAAUAUAAAGUUCUUGAUUCAUAUACAAUAUGUCAUAUUUUCCCAUUUAACUGAGGAUUUCUGGUAGCAUGUGAAAGAUCACAGAUAAGCAAAAACAUUGUUCAAGUCAUUGUUCUCAGUUUUCUCACGGUCUUCUGGUCCCCACUUUUUGCAACUGUGUUUACUACGCAGAACUGAUGUGUUUACUCUUCACAGUCCAAGAAAGAUUUACAACUUCAUUCAUGGUUGGUCUCUUGAUUCUUGAUUCUUCCAGGCACGGUACAGCAGUCGCCAUCAUGAUUAUAACCUGCUUGGUAUGGAACUGUCUAAGAAGCUUAGCAUCCAUUACACUCCUAGCAUCUCCAGUAGCUGAGGCUUCCUUUACAUCCUGGACAGAAAUGUUUCAGAUUGAUAAAUUUGUCAUCUCUUGUACAACUCCCAGCCACCAGCUGUA